AUGAAAUUCGCCGCUGCCACUCUCGCCGUGCUCGCUGCCGCCGGCACCGUCUCGGCUGACAACUGGCUCGACCAGCUCGGCAACUCGUUCAAGAACAAGGGCCAGGAGAUCGCCGCUUGCGCCAAGGCUUCCUCCCAGCUCUCGUGCAAUGCAAAGUACGACAUCCCCGCAAGCUCCUCCGCCAACUGCUGCUUCAACGGCGCCCUCGUCGACGGAGGAAAGCAGAGCGGCCUCAUCCUCAGCACGCAAUUUUGGACGUCGAACGCUCCCGACCCCGCCAACAACGGACCCAAGGAUUCCACCACCAUACACGGAUUCGGUAUCCCCGAGUACACGGGCGCACAGAUCGUUGAUGUGAUGGCCAAGUACGACCCGGCACUCAAGGCUUACUAUGACAAGUACUUCAAGGACCUUAACGGCGACGCCCCUAGCUUCCUCGAGCACGAAUACAACAAGCACGGCACGUGCUACACCACCAUGCGUCCCACCUGCCAGCCCAAGCUGCCCUGGAUCAGCCAGGCCGACUUUGCCGUGCUCAACUACUUCCGCCAAAUCGCACACAAGUUCGCCGAACUCCCCACGUAUGACAUCCUCAAGGCCGCCGGAAUCGUCCCGGACGCUAACAAGACCUACGAACUCGCCGAUGUUCAGGCCGCCCUCAAGCAGGCUCAUGGCGCUACACCUUUCGUAGGCUGCAACAAGAAGGGCGAGAUGAACGAGUUUUGGUUCUUCAAUCUUGUGCGAGGCUCAGUUAACUUCGGUCAUUACGAGGCUACCGAGUCGACUACUAAAUCGACAUGCCCCGCUACUCUCAAGUAUCUGCCCAAGCCCUAA